CUGAUCAGGAAACUUACGCAUACAUGCUUACAUGUUUUCGUCAAAGCUACGCAACAGCUGAUCGACGCAUGGCAGACCUACCAGCUGUUCGGAAGCAAAGAGGGACUGGACGAGAUGUAUCAGCUCUUCAUGUCGCAGUAACACAACAAUCAAGUCAUCGAGGCCCUGGCCACCGAAGUACCGAUUCUGUACCAGAGGGCUAUCUUGGCCAUGUUGCAGUUAACCGUCUGGAUUACUGGCAACACGUUCAGUCAAUGCUGCAAGGCUUUUGGAGGAGGUGGCACCACCCUUCAACAUCGCACAAAAUGGAGUGCGAAAAACAAGAAAAUUGGCCCUGGAGAUAUGGCGAUCAUCAAGGAUUCGAAUACACUCCCCGGCACUUGGAAUCUUGGACGGACUAGUGCUCGCCGUCAAUUUGUAAACUUGCAAUUCUACCUAAUUUAGAAUCUUAUUUUCAGGGUGACACGGGAUGUUAAGGAAUGUAACUUAGUAUUCUUUGUAUUUCAGCUGUUCGGACGGUAUAUGUAAGCGUUCUCUUG